UCUUAUUUACAGACGGCGCCUGUGCAGGGAGUUCCUCCUCUUGUUUCUUGUGACCGAUGCAAAAAUAAGCAGCAUCAUCCCGACCGGACGCCAGCGAUAAGGAGCAUUUAAGAGUUAUGGUUGCAUGACUUCAGCCCCUGAGACUUCGGCCUUGGCUCACUCAUGGUGGAUUCUGAGUUUGUGGUGAGGGCGCCCCCUCUGGAUGGGAGGGAUAUGGAGCUGGAUGUGCUGGGCUUCCUGGACUCUCUGGGGGAGGACAACAGCACAGCAGCAGAGAGGUGCUACCGCUCCCACUCCCGCAGCAGUGUCCUGCAGGGCCUGCCUUUUGGAGGGGUGCCCACGGUCCUCGCCAUCAAUGUUGUCCUGUGGCUGUUUCUUUUGCUCAUCUUUUCCUUUUUGAGGAAGGCUGCGUGGGACUAUGGCCGUCUGGCUCUACUGAUGGAGAAUGACAGCCUCACGUCCCUGUUCUACGGAGAGCAGAGUGAGAAGGAGAAGUCCCCGUCAGAGUCCAGCCCGUCAGACUCAGACACCAAGGACUUGGGCUUCUGCUCUUGGCUUACAACACUUUACCAAAUGAAGGAUGAGGAGAUCAGGAGUAAGUGUGGUGUCGACGCUACGACCUACCUAUCCUUCCAGCGCCACAUCAUCCUGCUCAUGACCGUGGUCUGCCUGUUGUCUUUGGCCAUCAUCCUGCCUGUCAACUUUUCCGGAAACCUCCUAGGGGAUAAUCCUGAAAACUUUGGAAGAACGACUGUGGCCAAUCUUCCUGCGAAGGACAGUUUCCUGUGGCUCCACAGUAUCUUUGCUCUGCUCUACUUCAUCAUCACAGUGCUGUGUAUGGCCCACCACUCCUCACGCCUGGAGUACAGAGAGGACGAGAAGGUGGCCAGGACUCUCAUGAUCACCUGCAUCCCCAGAGAGAUCUCAGACCCAGGCCUCAUCACCAAACACUUCCAUGAGGCCUACCCCAGCUGUACUGUCACUGACCUCCGCUUCUGCUUCAACGUACAAAAACUGAUGAGGCUGGACUCUGAGAGACGGAAGGCGAUGAAAGGAAGGCUGUAUUUUGCCACUAAGGCCCAGAAGGAGGGGAAGAUCAUGAUUAAGACCCACCCCUGUGCUACCAUCUUCUGCUGUGACGUGUGCGGCUUUGAGCAGGUGGAUGCAGAGCAGUACUACAGUGAGCUAGAGGAGAAACUGACUGAUGAGUUUAAUGCAGAGAAGCAUCGCAUCUCGCUCAUGAGGCUGGGCAUCGCCUUUGUGACCUUUCGGGACGAAAGGAUGACUGCUGUUAUUGUCAAGGACUAUAGCAGGGUCCGUUGCCGUCAGAAACCACAGCAGUCAAGCAUCACCACGGUAGUUCAGUCUCACAGGUGGGGUGUAAACUACGCCCCGGCACCAAGCGACAUCAUCUGGGAGAACCUCUCAGUGUGUGGCUCCCGCUGGUGGCUCCGCAGCGUUCUGCUCAACAUCCUCCUCUUCCUCAUCCUCUUCUUCCUCACCACUCCCGCCAUCAUCGUCAACACCAUGGACAAGUUCAACGUCACCCGGCCUGUGGACAGCCUGAGGAGCCCGAUCAUCACUCAGUUCUUCCCUACUCUAUUGCUCUGGGCAUUCUCUGUCCUGCUGCCCUUCAUAGUCUAUUACUCAGCCUUCUUCGAGUCUCACUGGACCAGAUCCAGUGAGAACCAGAUCACGAUGCACAAGUGCUUUGUACUGUUGGUGUUCAUGGUGAUCAUCCUGCCCUCGCUGGGUCUCUCCAGUCUGGAUCUGUUCUUCAGGUGGCUGUUUGAUGUCAACUUCCUGGAAGACAAGGAUGUUAAAUUGGAGUGUGUGUUCCUGCCUGAUAACGGCGCGUUCUUUGUGAACUACGUGAUCACGUCCAGCCUGAUCGGCACGGCCAUGGAGCUGCUGCGUAUCCCAGCUCUGAUGGUGUAUGCUCUGCGUCUCUGUUUGGCCAAGCCCGGGGCCGAGCGCAUCCACGUCAAACGGAGCCAGGCCUAUGAGUUCCAGUUUGGUCUGGAGUACGCCUGGACCAUGUGCAUCUAUGCUGUUAGCAUGACUUACAGUAUCACCUGUCCCAUCAUCAUGCCCUUUGGGCUGCUCUACCUGAUCCUGAAACACAUGGUGGACCGUUACAACAUCUACUAUGCCUACGUGCCCACCAACCUCAACCAGCGCAUCCACACUGCAGCCAUCAGCCAGGUCAUCGUGGCGCCCAUCCUCUGCAUGUUCUGGCUCCUGUUCUUCUCUGUGCUCAGGCUGGGCCCAAUGCGUCCCAUCACCCUCUUCACAUUUGUGUCGCUGCUCUCCUGCCUUGUCUUCUCCCUCUUCAGCUUAUGCCUUAGGAAACAGCCUGACAGGUCAUCAAGCUACCAGAUGUUUGACCAGAUGUCUGCUGACCAGCCAGCAGAAGGGGCCUUCACUGAUGCAGAGAGAAGCUCCACCCCCUCCACCACCCCCUCCAAUCUGUUUGUGGCAUCUGUAUUGCUGGAGCCGGAGUUAGGCCUGACCCCCAUGCCCUCCCCAGCUCACCAGAGCUACGGGACUAUGGCCAGCUCCCAGGACAGAGAGGAGCAAGAGGAGGAGGAAGACCAGGUUGAGACUGUCGAGACAGAGCUCCAGGACCCUCCAAACCCCUAUUACUCCAGCCCCCUCAUGGACAGCCCAGUGGGCUACCAGUGACUCACCCCCCUCCCUAACCUCCAUACCGUCUCCUAUUUGUAAGAGAGAAAGAUGUUUUUUUUAAACCCUUGUUUUACCCUCUUCCACAUCCAAGCCCCUCUGACUGUACAAUGUUUGUGAGGGACCCUUUUGGAUUUUGUGUUUGGAGGUUCUUUGGAACCAAAGGCUGAAAUAGGUUCUUCCCCAGCCCAGUGGAGGGGAUGUGGGGGCUUCAUCUUAAAUAAACAAUACGGAGGAUACUUCAAACAAAAGUGCAUCUGUAGUUUUCUGACUACUUCAUGUCUCCCUUUUUUCCCCUCUAUAAGUGAAUGAACUUUACCAUACUGUAUGUGACCUGACUGGGAGUGACUGUGUAGUGAAGGACACUAUCUUUGUGUACCACUGGGAAAGGAGUAGGGAUGAAUUUCACCAGUUCAGUGGGUUUUAACCCAACGACCCUACUAGACAAAGUGGUCUUGGCUCUGGGGGAUCUGGCUCUGGUGGGGUAGAGCUCUGCGAGGCAGGGCUGCGGGUCGGGAUCAAGCCAUCUGCAGUGGGAGAACAGGACAGACGGAGGGAAGGCAGAGUGGAACUCCGAGCUCUAACACCCUAUGGAGGAGAAGGGACAACGGGUCUGAUACUAUUGCAUUUAUUGUCAAGGUUCUUGUUUUUGCUCUUCUGUACUGUCAGUUGUAUGUGAUAUUAUUGUGCUGAGGGGCGGACUGUGUGUAUUGUUUAAUAAUUUAUGUAUAGUGCCAUCCCUUUUUAUUAAUGUUUAUCAAUGACUGUUAUUAUGAGAACAUCGUAGUUGUGUUCAGUAGGAGGAAAUGGGAGAAAAGAUUUCAAAACAGAAAACAAAAAGGAGUACUCUUAUUGGACAAGUUCAGGGAGCACCUGAAGUCCUCAAUUUUUAGAACAUUAUCUCCAAUGACUUGGGUUUUAAAACGUUGUGCGUAAAGGUCCAGCCGCAGAAAUAGUCUUGAAAAGAUACUAGUAGCACCCUAUUGCAUCAUGGUUUCGGUAGUCCAAACCAGUCGUCCGCUCCACUGCAUGUUGCGAACGUAUACAUUGUUAUACUCCAUGUCCACCCAUCAAACUAAAGACUCGGCUGACCUCACUGUUUGAUUCAAUCAUACAGUAACCUUUGCUAGUUUUGUAUUGUGAGUGUUUUGCUGCUCGGGGGAGAGGAGGUUUCCAUGCCAAACUAAAUGGAAACUGAUUGAGGUUUGUCAUUGUGCUCUCUUGCUGUGCCUUGAAGAAUAACUCACUAUGUUGCAUGGACUGAACUGAAGAGCAGGGAAAAGCGGGAGACCGAUUCAAACAACGCAUAGUUCUGGCCAUAGUUCUAUCCAACGCAAUUGAUAGCUAUUAUCCUACUCCCUACUUUGUGUGAGCAGCCAUCUUCCUGUGUACUGUGUGUCAUACAGUUCCUUCAACCAAUAGACAAGCAGCAGACCUGGGUUCAAUAAAGUACAUGCAUAUAAGACUUUAGUAAAAGUUGUAUUUUCUGUGUUUUGAAUAUUUUCUAAUGUAGCUGAAUCUUACUACCUUUUCUUGAAGUAUUAGAAAGUAUAUUCUAAUAGUUUCCUAUAAAUAGCCUACUUUUUUGACAUGCUUAUUUCCAAAUACAUUUCUUAAAAAUAAAAAAAAUGUAACUUAAAGGACAAGGUUCGAAUGCAUGGAGUAUUUAGAUGCACUUGUCUGUGUAUUUGAGGAUUGUCAAGUACAUGCCAAUACUUCCAAAUACAUUCAAAUAUUGAACUACUUAUUUUCAAGGAAAACACAUCGACAUACUUGCUUCAAAAUUUCUUUGAAAGUAAUUGAAAUAGUAUUUGAACCCAGGUCUGUCGAGCAGUGUGCUCCACAAACCACCGAGCUAAUGAUGUUGACUCAUUAUGUGCAGACUAUUUGCUAGUCUGAUGGGGUUUUUCAAUGGAAGCAUUUGGAUUGUGGCUUAAGGUGCCUUGUUGUCGGUGUCUUUGCAGUUUCUAACUGCUGUAUUCUGUGAUCAUAUAUUCCAGCUCUUUGUCGAUGAUAUAAUGGGAUUUGAACGUUGAUUCUCUGGUGUCUUUUCCCUUCCUAUGAGUUGAUUAUAAGAUGUAGUUACAGUACCAGUCAAAGGUUUGGACACACCUACUCAUUCAACGUUUUUUCUUUAUUUUUACUAUUUUCUACAUUGUAGAAUAAUAGUGAAGACAUUAAAACUAUGGAAUCAUGUAGUAACCAUAAAAGUGUUCUUCAAAGUAGCCACCCUUUGCCUUGAUGAUAGGUUUGCACACUCUUGGCAUUCUCUCAACCAGCUUCAUGGGGAAUGCUUUUCCAACAGUCUUGAAGGAGUUCCCAUAUAUGCUGAGCACUUGUUGGCUGAUUUUCCUUCACUCUGCGGUCCAACUCUUCCCAAACCAUCUGAAUUGGGUUGAGGUCUGGUGAUUGUGGAGGCCAGGUCAUCUGAUGCAGAACUCCCAUCACUCUCCUUCUUGGUCAAAUAGCCCUUACACAAACUGGAGGUAUGUUAGGUCAUUGUCCUGUUAAAAAAAACAAAUGAUAGUCCCACUAAGCGCAAACCAGUGGGUUGGCAUAUCGCUGCAGAAUGCUGUGGUAGCCAUGCUGGUUUAAUUAUGCCUAAAAUUCUAAAUAAAUCAGUGUCACCAGCAAAGCACCAUCACACCACCACCUCCAUGCAUCACGGUGGGAACCACAUGACAUCAAGGCAAAGGGUGGCUACUUUGAAGAAUCUCAAAUAUAAAAUAUAUUUGGAUUUGUUUAACACUUUUUGUUGGUUACUACAUGAUUCCAUUUGUGUUAUUUCACAGUUCUAAUGUAUUCACUAUUAUUUUACAAUGUAGAAAAUAGUUUAAAAAAAUAUAGAAAAACCCUUGAGUAGGUGUGUCCAAACUUUUGACUGGUACUGUAUGUUUUGUCAUUUUGUCAUCAUUCAUAUAUUGUGGUUUUUGGUUUUUCCUGAACCCAAAGGAAGCUACAGAAUGUAUAUAAUAGCACUCCAAAAUUCAAACGGUAUAAUUGUCAACCUAAGAAAUGUCCAGUGUACUUUAGUGCAGCCCUGUGAAGGUAGUAAUUUUAUAGUCAUUGAAGUAUAUUCUUGAUAUACUCUGUCUUUUUGAAAUAGUGUUUGUCAGAAGUGGUUUUGAGAAACGGAGGGAAUAUUAUAGGAUAAAUGUGCUGUGUCUCAUAAAAUCAAAGUUAUUUGUUUAAUUUGAG